AUGUCGACCAGAUCAGGGAAGACGCCGAAGGGCAAGAAGGCCAAUGGCACCAGCUCCGCCAUGACCGAACAUACGGAUAAAACCCGCUGGCGUAUGUUGGACGACGAUGGACGACAGACAUGGCAUUACCUGGAGGACGACAAGGAGGCCAAAGCCUGGCCCCAAUCGUUCGCCGACAAGUACUAUGUUGGCCUACCACUUGACGCUCCCGAACUGCCCAAAGCCAAGACCCCCCUCGAAGCCGUCAACAAUGGCCUCGAAUUCUUCGAGAAGCUGCAGCAACCCCCCGGAAACUGGGCCUGCGAGUACGGCGGACCGCUCUUCCUCAUGACGGGCAUCAUCAUCACCUGGACCAUCACCGACACUCCCAUCCCCGAGGCGCACAAGAUCGAGAUGCGCAACUACAUCUUCGCGCGCGCCCACCCCGAGGACGGCGGCUGGGGUCUACACAUCGAGAGCGACAGCACCGUCUUCGGGACCUGCAUGAACUACCUAAACCUCCGUCUUCUCGGCGUCCCCGCCGACGACCCUCGCGCAGCAAAGGCCAGAGCGACACUGCACAAGCUCGGAGGCGCGCAGCAAAGCCCCCACUGGGCUAAAUUCUGGAUGAGCUUACUCGGCAUCGCGCACUGGGAUCUCGUCAACCCCAUCCCCCCUGAGUUCUGGCUCAUGCCCAACUGGGUGCCCGUCCACCCGUGGCGCUGGUGGAUCCACAUGCGCCAAGUCUUCCUUCCCAGCGGCUACAUCUACUCCAAGCGCUGGACAUACCCCGAGACCCCCCUAAUUCGCGAACUGCAGCAGGAGAUGUUCACGGAGCCAUUUGAGACUAUGAACUGGAAAGGACACCGUAACUCGAUCGCCCCCAUGGACAACUUCCACCCCAAGACCUGGAUCCUCAACCUGAUCAACUGGAUUCUCGUGAACAUCUGGUUCGCCUUCCUGCGCCCCAACUGGAUCAAGACCUGGGGCGAAUCCCACGCCUUUAAGCUCAUCGAGAUGGAAGACGCCAACACCGACUUCAGCGACCUCGCCCCAGUGUCCGCGCCCAUGAACACAAUCGCCUGCUUUAUCGAGCACGGCCCCGACCACCACUCCGUCAAGCGCCACAUCGAUCGCCUCCAGGACUACCUCUGGGUCAAGUCUGAGGGUAUGCUCGUCAACGGCACCAACGGUGUGCAGAACUGGGACACAGCCUUUGCCAUCCAAGCCGUCGUCGAUUCCGGGCUUGCCACCGAGGAGCGCUGGCGCCCUAUGCUAACCAAGGCCCUCCACUAUCUCGAAGGGCAGCAGAUCCGCGAGGAUGUACCGAACCAGGCUGCAUGCUACCGCCAGCAACGCAAGGGCGGGUGGGCCUUCUCCAACAAGGACCAAGGCUACGCAGUCUCGGAUUGUAUCGCCGAGGCACUGAAAGCCGUAAUCAUGCUCCAGCACACCCCCGGCUUCCCCACCCUCCUCGAAGACCAGCGCAUCUUCGACGCAAUCGACACCCUCCUCACCUUCCAAAACACCUCCGGCGGCUGCGCCUCCUACGAACCCCAGCGCGGGUCCGAGCACCUCGAGCUACUCAACGCUGCGGAGGUCUUUGGACGCAUAAUGGUCGAGUACGAUUACCCUGAAUGCACUACCGCCGUCGUGACCGCUUUAUCCUUGUUCUCCUCCCACUGGCCUGAUUAUAGAGCCAAGGAGAUCGCAACACAGAAGGCGAGGAUGGUGCAGUGGAUCAAGACUAACCAGGCCGCUGACGGGAGCUGGUAUGGGAGCUGGGCUAUCUGCUUUACCUACGCUACUAUGUUUGCGUUGGAGAGUUUGGAGGCGAUUGGGGAGACGUACGCCAACUCCGGCCCUUCGAAACGCGGCUGCGAUUUCCUCGUCUCCCAUCAACGUCCUGAUGGCGGGUGGAGCGAGAGUUAUCGCGGGUGCGAGACGAUGGUCUACACCGAGCACCCCUCCGGCUCCCUGGUCGUGCAAACAGCCUGGGCUGUGUUGGGGUUGAUGUACGCCGAAUACCCGGACCGUUCUGUGAUUGAACGCGGAGUGAAGUUUAUCAUGGGCAGACAGCAGGCGAAUGGGGAGUGGCUCCAGGAGUCGAUCGAGGGGGUGUUUAAUAAGAGCGCGAUGAUUAGUUAUCCGAAUUAUAAGUUUACGGACGUAAUGGAGGAUGCUCUCAUUGGUACGAUCUGA